GUAUAGGAAUCUGGGUCAGCUGUAGCUGCUUAGUGCACUUCUGCGUGUGAGAGUAAAACACUGCAGCUUCAAAAAAAAACCCAUUUCUUUCUCUCUUCUGGAAUAAAACAUACUGGCAUGUUAACUGCUUUGUAAAAAUUGUUCAGUUAGCUUGGUUAUCGCAUGGAGAAACCCAAUUCCUCAAUACGGCUUGGAUUUAACAGAAAAAGACAAAAGCAGCUUUCAACUACAACUGCAGAUUAACAGCCCACAUCAUCAGGUAACGCAAGAAGAACAGGCAAGUCGGCCUCUGGAUUUUCCAUCUACUACAGAAGCAAAACAGCUGCAAGAUUUUUUUUUCUUGUCUCUUCUGAAAUCCAUCACACUUGCUUGAAAAUGAAGAUAUUUAAAUGGACUUUGGGUGUACUGCUAUUCCUCCUGUUGUCUAUCGGACGUUGUACAGAACACUCUAAGCUUAAUAAAACAUCCCAGCGGAGGCACCCUCGCUCAGCAGACAGUGGAGAGGAAGGAAAGAAAUGUGGUUACACAUUCUUGGUCCCAGAACAAAAAAUCACAGGGCCAAUUUGUGUGAGUACGAACGGACCAGGUACUGGCAACAGAAAAGAUGAAGUGACAAGAAUGGACAUAGAAAACUUGAAGGAUGUGCUGUCCAAGCAAAAGCGGGAGAUCGAUAUAUUGCAAUUGGUGGUGGAUGUGGAUGGAAACAUUGUGAAUGAAGUCAAAUUACUGAGGAAAGAAAGUCGUAAUAUGAACUCUCGGGUCACUCAACUCUACAUGCAACUCUUGCAUGAGAUAAUUCGAAAGCGUGAUAACUCACUUGAGCUUUCCCAACUGGAAAACAAAGUCCUUAAUGUUACAACAGAAAUGUUGAAGAUAGCAACAAAAUACAAAGAGCUUGAAGUAAAAUACGCAGCACUAACUGAUCUUGUAAAUAACCAGUCUGUGACCAUCUCUCUAUUGGAAGAGCAGUGCUUGAGAAUCUUCUCCCGACAGGACACCCACGGGUCUCCACCUCUCGUUCAAGUGGUGCCACAGCACAUUCCCAACAGUCAGUCGUACCCUCCCGUUCUUUUGGGAGGUAAUGAGAUACAGCGAGAUCCAGGUUAUCCUAGAGACAGAGAUGUAAGACCACCACCUGAUCCAGCUACUUCUCCGACAAAAAGUCCUUUCAGAGUUCCACCACUAGCUUUAAUUAAUGAAGGUCCAUUCAAAGACUGUCAACAAGCCAAAGAAGCUGGGUACUCCAACAGCGGGAUUUAUAUGAUCAAACCUGAAAAUAGCAAUGAACCAAUGCAGUUAUGGUGUGAGAACAGCUUGGACCCUGGAGGAUGGGCAGUUAUUCAGAAGAGGACAGAUGGAUCUGUCAACUUUUUCAGAAACUGGGACAGUUACAAGAAAGGAUUUGGAAACAUUGAUGGAGAGUACUGGCUGGGACUAGAAAAUAUUUACAUGCUUACCAAUCAGGAUAAUUACAGGCUAUUGAUUGAACUGGAAGACUGGAGCAAUAAGAAAGUCUAUGCAGAAUACAGCAGUUUCCGCCUGGAGCCCGAGAGUGAAUUCUACAGGCUGCGCUUAGGAACGUACCAGGGAAACGCAGGCGAUUCCAUGAUAUGGCACAACGGAAAACAAUUUACAACACUGGACAGAGACAGGGAUAUGUAUACAGGAAACUGCGCUCACUUUCACAAAGGCGGUUGGUGGUACAACGCGUGUGCGCAUUCUAACCUCAACGGAGUGUGGUACAGAGGAGGCCACUACAGAAGCAAGUAUCAGGACGGAAUUUUUUGGGCUGAGUACCGGGGAGGUUCCUACUCCCUGAAAGCAGUUCAAAUGAUGAUCAGACCUAUAGACUGAGGAGAAAAAUCCCACAGUGCUCAAACGAUCAAAUAUAAACUUCAAGUGCUCGAGGUCCAGAAAAAUAAAAUACUACACUUAAAUCA